CUUCCGUCAGGCGAAAGAGAAAGUACGCGCAUGCUGAGGCACUCGCAACGCGCUGAACUAUGGAUAUUCUCGAGACGAGACUUGGAAGCGUGGAGUACAGUGCACUGACCGAGAGGGACAAAUCACAGAUCCAGCAGCUCUUGCACGAAACCUCGCCAGACAAAAUCCUGCCGCUCGAGCAAAUCAGUACAAUCUCGAUUGAUAGCGACAAAGUACUUCGUGCCAUCGCCUCAAAGGCUCGAGUGAUCACUUCCAUAUACAUUCACAUCGCCAGCGCACCCACCGACCAGAUCGAUCUUGACGCGUGGAUAGUUUACUCUAGAAAACUUGUGCCGCUGAUUUGCCGGCUUCUACGUCCACUCCCGGAGAAGUGGAUAACUGCAGAGGACGCGUAUGUCGAGACAAAGACUCGCUGGAAGCAGCAGCAGGAAUUCAAGGCCACCGCUACGGUACUCCUGAGAUCUCUCAAAGAAGUUCUGAGCUUUCUGCCUGACUUGCAGGACAUUGAUCUGCGCGAACUAGUCCAGUCAUUAGCGACCUACACACUCAACGACGAUCCCUGGUGCACCACAGACUCGACCGACCUAGCAACCGCGCUCCUGAACACGUACAGCCAGAGCUUUGACUACCCUGAUAUCGGCCACGCAAUCUUGAGCGAAACAGUCAGACCUGUAUUUGAGCACUCGAGAAAAAAACAGGUUACCUCCGUCGGCACCCUCUCGGCUUCGCGGGACCACGAGCUCGAGUCGUCUUUCGACACCGAUGAGGCAAAGGUAUGGUCUGUUCUGCGGCCUGAGGCGGCCACGCUUGUCCUCUUCGUUCUAAGCCACGUUAAAGACGACCGUUUCACCACCACAAACUGGGGCCUAAUCGUCCCCCCAACCCUCUCAAUCCUAGACGACGCCAACCCGAUCUACAAAACGCGCGGCUGCCAAAUCCUGCAUCUCCUGCUCGCCCAAACUCCUCCCCAAUUCAUCCUCAUCCGCGGCCUCACCGUGCUCUUCUGGGACUCGCUCACCGCAUGCCUGGCUUAUCUUCCCCUCGGCACAUCCGCCAUCUCUCUCCCCGAAUCUCUAAAGCUCCUCGACGAAGCAUACGAUACACUUCUCGCCCUCUCCUCCAUCCGCGCACAAGACGUCGGCUCCAAACGCGCUUCCACCACCGCUGCUCACACCCCCGAUCCAAGCGCGACCCGCGCCUACAACCAAAAGCACGCGCGCUACCUAAGCGAGAUCCUCGUCACCGGCAUCUACCACUCCCUCUCCCUCUGCGGCGAGAAGGUUGAGGUAUCCGAGCUGCUCGUGCGCAAACUCGGCGCGAUCGCGGCCGCAAUGGACGUUUAUUUCGUGCUGCACUUGCAGACAAGCACAAAGUUGCUCGUCGACAUUCUCUCUGAUCCGUUCGCUACGCUGUAUACCCCUCUGCUGUUCACGACGCUGGACGCGCUCGACGUUAUAAUCGAAAUAACAGUCCCUCGCAUAUCCACAUACCGCUUCCAGCUCUUGAAAGGGCUGCUGGUGUGCUGGAAACAAGCAUGCGAGUCUGAAGACGGCGGCGAGGACAUGGCGGAGCUGAAGAGCAGGUUGAAGAAUACAGUGGCUCUGCUCAAGGCGAAGACUGCAUCAGCGGAGGUGGAUAGUUGGCAGGACACGGUAGCUGCGGUGAAUGACUUGGGUAGUGCGUACCGGGGUUUACUGUAGACAAACGUACAUAGACUACUGUAUCAUAGG